UCACGAAAAGUCAGUGACAUCAUGACCCUGCUCAAUGAAUGAUUUCGACAUGAAUCAGACUCCCAGAACUGUCAGGGACGCUCGAAAACACGUGCUGAAUACUACUCCUGCCUCACCCAUCUCCAUCACCAUCCUGUAUCAUGACUAGCUAUUUUGUCAUAUUCGUCAACACGCCCAACAUCCCCUCGGGCAAAGACCUGAACCGCGCAUUUCUUCUCGUCCAAGACUUCAGAUUCAACGACUAUCCACCUGAGAACGGCGGAUGGAAACUCGUCACUCUCAAAGACUUUUCACGCGACAAGACGACGGCGCCCACUUUCCCCCCCUUGGAAGAAGUGAUCCAAAACGAAUUCGCUGGGAUGUCGCUGAAACAGAUCAAUGAGUACAUGCUGGCGAACGAGGACAAGCUAGUCGCUGGAGACUGCUCUCCGCAUCUCUGGCUCGUUAUCGAUGAGAAGGGUUUCGAAACUUCCACGUGUAUAGUCUGUGAACACGUGGAUAGCUCUGAGGAGGAGCAGAGGGUGGAGGACACUUCUGCUGCAUCAGGAUGGCGCGGAUGUCGGCUGCCUUUUGAGGAAGCCCAUGGAAUGAUUGUCAACUUGGACAUUGCAAACAUGGACUUCGAAGAAUACGUCGACGAGGAAGCCGGGUUGCAGGACGACGGCACCUACAACUGGCAGAGCUUUGAUUCGGAGGAUGAGCAUUCGGAGGAACCGCCCGAGUGGCAACUCGCUAGAGACGCUGCUUUCGAGGAACUGAGACAGGGUGGGUUUGUGUAGGAAGGAGAACAAGAAAAAUGGCACGAAUUUGUAACAAUAUCUGGUUUCUAUCUGAAAUGGACGCGCGGCUCUCCCUGGGAUACUCUGCACGGCUAGCACGAAUCUCACGAGACGUUACUUCCAGUGAAUUUCGCAUUCCCGAAUGCAAUCGGAUUCCAGAUCGCGAAAACGGCUUGACGAAGCUUUGCCG